UUUCUCUUCUACAGCAUAUCUGAGCCCUGCUCAGAAUACUGCUAAGUUGAGUCUGCAGAGUCUUAUAAUUUCUUUAUCUUCUCUCUGUAAAGAGGCUCUGAUGCAGCUUCUGACUGAUAUUAUCAUCUAUCUACACUGCACUAAGCAGCUGAAGAAGAGAAGAAUUUUAUACACUCACUUCUUCUCUUACUUCUGUUAUUUCUGUUGCAUCUGUAACAAUGACUUCUAUCUCUCU